AUGACGCGAUUUCUACAAGGUAAUCUGAACAGAUGUGCUUUGGCGCAGAAUCUACUGCGCCAACGUAUCUUUGAAGAUAAGAUCGAUAUCUGCCUUAUCUGCGAGCAAUAUAUGAAUAUUCAGAAUAAAGCAUGGUUUGCAGAUAAAUCUGGCACGGCAGCAAUAUGGAUCACAAACUCGAAGAAGAUCACCAUCAAUGACAACGGAAGCGGCGAGGGUUUCGUCUGGAUCAAGACUCCCACGACCUACUGUGUAAGCGUCUACCUCUCACCAAAUGAAGGGAUUAGCGUAUUUCGCCAGAAAAUGGCAAGCAUAGAAGACACUCUCGGCAAAUUCGACGGAGAAGUCAUUGUAGCUGGUGAUUUCAACGCGAAAUCGGCAGAAUGGGGGGCCGAAUACUCGGACACUAGAGGAAAUGACGUGGCAGACUUUGCUGCAAGAUAA